UUGGGGAAGAUUUAAAGAGAUCUAAAAACUAAAAUACAAGCUCUCAUUUCAUUCGAGGUGUUUAUUGGAUCGUUGAGUAAAAUAGUAAAGAGAGGUCGAUGAAUGAAGACUGGAACUAGUCAUAUUUGUAAAAUCUGUAAACAAAAUGUCGUCGAAGUCAUCCAAAUCCAAAUUUAUUUUUGCAUUGAUUGUGAUGAUCAUUGGUCUCUUGAUCCUAAAUCUUAGUUUGAAUGUAGACCUGUCAAAAUUAGUAAGUUUUGCUUUGGCGAGCAACACAAAAGCACUCCGUGGCGGAAAUCAAACGGAAGAUUGCAGUAAAGUUGUGUUGCUAGAGGAAUGCCAAAACUGUUUGAAGUAUCAGCUGGAAAGUCCUAGCAAAUAUCCUGAAUGCCAGGAGUCUGGACAAAGGCAAAAAAACCGAUGUGAAACAACUGGUGAAGAGUUUUAUUCAAGCUGUCGUACUAAUGAAGAAAGAAAGUUCUGGAUUUUUCAGAUCACUGCACUCAUCUUGGGUCUUUUAUCAAGUUCAGUUGUGUGGUGCAGGUCGAGACACCUUGAUGAACAUGUACUUGGCAAAAUUAGGCAACAAAUAAAUGGUGAUACCUAAGCUUUGUUGACCAAGUAAUUCAACCUUUCACCCAGGCUCAGCCCUUACCAGGAUCUUAAUGCUUCAGGCCUUCAGUGAGGUAGGAGCAUCAAAGUAAAGAGCCUGGGUACAAGUUUGCAAGGAAUUAUGGAUGUCAACAUCCAGUCAUUAAUAUUUUUGCAGUGUGAACAUUUUAGUUUCGAUGAGCUGCUUGUAUAAAAAAAUGAAAACAUUUUAUAAAUUGACCAUCUAAUGGCCAUUACGUCUAUACAUCUUUACAACUUCACCAAAACUUUGUAAGUAACAAAUGUUGAAAAGCCAAGCCAAAAAAUUAGCAUUUAAAAAGCAAUCAUUGUAAGGUUUUAUGGAAAAACUAAAGUCCUAAGUAUAAAGGA